AUGGCACUUACAAGCGCAGAGAGAUCUGCAUUAUGGAGACAGCGCCAACGUCAAAACCCAAUGAAACAUGAAGAAUAUAAAAGAAAGGAGAAAGAAAGAUAUAAAAAGAGGAAAGAGAAAGGCCAAUUCUUACCAGUUGCAGAGUUGUCUACACGAGAUCAAAGAAAACUUCGGCGUAAUUGGCGUAUAAAUCAACGGAAUAAGAGACAGAAAGAUAAAAAAUUACAACAUGACGUAAGUAAGAUUUUAAGUCCACCAAAUUCACCAACCUCACCUGAGCAUCACAUCAUUCAACAAAACCAAUAUGAGUCCAGAAAGUCCGCAGGCAGAAAAAAGAAAAAUUUAAAUAGAUCUAAAGUAUACAGAGAGCAGUUUAAAUUGCGAAUACAGCUCAACAAUGAGCGGCGACAAAAGGAGAAGUACAAGAAGCGGUAUUUUAGGCUAAAAAAAAGAAUAUGUACAGAUGAAAUGGUGAGCACAGUUGACAAGAUAAUAUAUAAGAAAGAAGUUAGGUCAGCCCUUACGUUGUACACAAUCAUGAUCAAUAAUAUUAAGAAGCGGUACAGAGACUGUGAGACAAGCCAAGAAAAAAGAACAAUUAAGAAUUUGAUACAAUUUAAGUCUCUCAAGUAA